CUUGGAAUUCCUAAGCGAUGGAUACCCCACUACAGACUCCCAACCCUCCCGUGAACAUGCUCAACGACUAUGUAUCGCAGGAGCAGGUGAUGUUGACCAUGUAUUGCCAUGAUAGUUCUUUCAAGAGUGUUACAGUUUUAGACGGUGAAGGAAAUCCCAUCUUCCGCGUCGAAGGUACAACGUUUGGCACUUCCUGGAGCUGGCGACGCAGGGUAUGGGAUAGCAAGAAGGAUUGCAGAAUCUAUGACUUCCGUCACAACAGCCUCGAUAUCAAGAACGGCUGGGUGGUAGAGACUCCUGACGGUCGUAAGCUAUGCUCGCUUCAGCACCAGAACCAGGUUACCAGGAAUCAUUCCGCUGUCGAUGCUACCGUGCGCACCGAGGCUGGCGAGGACGUCUUGGUUCUUAUGCGACCUAACGGCACGGCCGCGAUUACGACAACCAUCGCCGUUGGAGAUUCGACUAUCGCAUCCAUCCAUAAAGUUGAAGACAAUCUGCCGGGUUCUCGAGGGGGUCGAGAGAGGAGUGUCUGGGCAAUCCGAAUUGCUCCAGGGGUUGAUAUGAGCAUGAUCAUGGUUAUGGCGUUGUGUCGUGCAGAAAUGGGACACGUCUGGAAACAAUGAAGAGGUCGGCGACCCACGUGGAAGGAUCCUCCAAGGACUUCUCCAGGAACUUCUUCAAGAACUUUUCCAAAAUUUCUCCAAAUGUCGGAUUAAAAGUACCUUGCUUCUGAUUUCUAUACCUUUAUCCUUGUAGUUUACACCAACAUGCUUCAUUGCUUCAGAAUUGCUUCCCAUUGCUUCCCAAUGCUUCCUACCGCUACAAAAUAAAUCAUAAAAAUAAAAAUCUGAAAUUCUAAAAAAUGAAAAAUGACAUAUCGUAUCAUGAUGCGAC